AUGAAUUUUCUCGCCAACGCGCUGGGGUCCCUGACCGGAUCCAGCAUUCCGUACAAUAUCGGUGAUCGAAUAGUAACCGGUGUUGGAAGCGAUUACUCGUCAAACUCGAUAUGGAACGUGUAUCUAGGAACAAAGAAAGAGAACAACAUGGCGUGUACGAUCUUCGAAUUUGAGCUCACUAACCCGUCGACUUCCAAAUAUGUGCAACUCGCAAGGAAUGCACUGAAGAAGCAGAGGUCUAUGAAAUUGCCCAGUGUGUUGAACACGUUGGACACGUUCGAGACGGACUCGGUUAUUUAUAUCGUGACGGAGAGGGUUCAGCCGUUGGAGACAGUUCUGGCAAAUAACGAGCCGUUGAGCCAGCAGGCGUUUAUCUUUGGUAUCUACCAGAUCACUACAGCCUUGAAGUUUAUCAAUUUGGAGGGCGGGAGUCUCCACGGAAAUGUGAGUUCGUCUUCUAUAUACAUAACAGAGAGCGGAGAAUGGAGACUGGGCGGAUUCGAACUGGCAACCAACAUCAAAACCGACGAUUUCGGGAUUUUCAACAUGGCGUACCAAUUGCCCAGUUUUAAUUCGAGUCUUGCUCCCCCAGAGUUCAUAAACCAAGGUGCAAGUGUGCUUCCUACUCUGGGGAGACAUGCCGUCAAGCUUGACUCCUUCAAGCUGGGAGUUCUAAUAUAUGAAUUGUUCAAUGAAGGAAAGUCAGUAACCGAUAUUUCCCAAACUACCAACAUGACCAAGAUUCCGAGAAACAUGGGUGCGCAUGUGAAGAAACUGCUUAACCAAUCCGUGAAUGUGAGAUACAGUGCCGAGCAGUUUUUGAAGACUGGAGAAACAAGCUUCUUUGAAACCCCGCUUAUAAAAUGCUACAAGGAGCUAAGUGAGAUAUCUUUCAGAGCAGAUGAUGAAAAGCUCUCGUUUCUAGAUACUCUGGAGGGUAUUGAGAACGAUUGCCCUCCAGGGUUUGUGGAGAGCAAACUGCUUCCAGAACUGAUCAAACAGUUUGGGCUUGAAAACACCGCCAGUGAUGGCACUAGUCAGUCGGCUCUGUUGUAUCAUAUUUUGAAGUUUUCACCAAGUCUCAAGACGGAAGCGUAUUCCAGACUUGUCAAGCCUGUGAUCAUAAAAUCUUUCACGUUGGCAGACAGAGCUGUACGGAUGAUGCUGUUGACAUCGCUUCCUCGCUAUGUGGAAUCUUUCACCAAUUAUGAGGUUUCUGAUAAGAUUUUCAACCAUUUGAUCACGGGAUUCAAUGAUACAAGCCCCGCCAUUAGAGAGGAAACCGUCAAGGCUAUCUUGCCGAUUGCCGACAAGUUGACUGAUAGACAAUUGAACAACGAUCUUCUGAGGCACCUAGCUAAAUCUCAGAAUGAUGAAAAGCCAGAGAUCAGGACGAAUACGGUCAUAUGUCUCGGCAAGAUUGCCGGAUUGCUUAACCACAACUCCCGACCAGGUGUUCUGGUGACAGCAUUCACCAAAUCGCUGAAGGACCCAUUUGUUCCAGCCAGAAUCAGUGCUGUGAUGUCGCUCGCUUCAUGUAUUGAUUAUUUCUCACCAGAAGUUUGUUGUUCCAGAGUGCUAUCAGCCGUUGCGCCAGCGUUGCUGGAUCAGAGCAGCAAGGUGAGAAUGGAGGCCCAAGCCGCUUUCGACUCGUACGUCAACAAGAUCAGAGAAGCUGCUGCAGAUCUUCCUGAAGACAAACCAGACACCAUAGAAUCACAAUCGCAGGAACAGCAGCAUAUACAGGACAAUAUGGGAGCGUUCACCCUGGGUUGGGGUGCUUUAAGCAAGAUCUCAGAUAAGAUAGGAGGUAAGAUUGUUGAUCCGCCAGACAGCACCAGGGAUUCCACUCCAGAUCUGUUGAAACCAGCUACGAGCGAAACUGGAAUUCAGCAGCUGCCGAAGGUGUCGAAUCUGAAGAUCGACGAUGAUUUUGAAGAAGAAGAUAAUGGUUGGGGAUUUGACAUUGACGAGGAAGAGCAGAAGCCUGCAACCAAGCCAGCACCAAAGACUGCAUUGAGACCUUCCAAACCCCUUCAAACUACCAGGUCUGUACCUGCGAAAAGAAUUCCAAAAGCUCCUGGUCUACAACUAAAGCCUACCAAUAAGUUGAAGUUGGAUCUAGAGAUUGACGAAGACGGGUGGAAUGACGGGUGGUGA